AUGGACAUCGACGCGGCGCGCGGGCAUCCGGCGGCGCAGCCUCAUGAGCACCACCAUCAUCACCUCGUGCACCGACAUCAUCAGUCUCCUUCGGCCUCCUCGCAGGGCCAUGCGCAUCCGUCUUCCAAGGCCGGCAAGCAACCCGCGAACACGUCGCACGGGCAGCCGGGUAUGGGUCCUGGGAUGCCGCAAGGAGAUGUGCACCCCGCGUUCGAGCUUAUGCAUGAGCGGCAGCAACAGGCGGGCUAUCCACGCCUCAAUGGCGGCCAAGGCCCGCCUAUGGCCCACGUCGUCGUGCCUCCUCCCCGGCAGCAGCAGGGCCAUCUGCAACACUCGCUCCCGAGCGGUCACCUUCAUCAGCACACGCACCCACAUGCACAUACUCCCGGCAGCGCGCCUCCGCCAGGAUAUGCGCAUAAUCGGCAGGCCGAGCCACUCUUCCCCCCUAACAUGCGUCCGUCCACCUCUGUCUCCGUGCCGCAACGGUCGCCGACGCCGUUCUAUACGUACUCCCAGCCACCCGUGCAUCUGGGCACGUUCAUCUGGCCCCACUCUCCGUUCCCGUAUCUCGAUUUCCCCGGUGCGACGCCAGAGGCGAGCCCUUCUGAGCUCACAAGGGAGAUCCACGCGACGAUCCUCAUCCCGUCCGGGUUCCUCCUCGCCCGGCGCCCCGCGCGCCCUCGCAUCUGGGGUGGCGCCGCCAUACCGGCUCUACCGCCAGUCCCCCCCGCGCAUCCCCAUCCUUACGGCCAACAGACGCGCCCGCAUCGGAUGGAGAUCCGUGGUGUCCGCAGAGUCUACACGGACGACUCCGAUCUAUUCCUCUGUGCCGUGCACGCGGGGCUGAUCACCUGGAGCGAAGCUCGCCGGGCGAAGAGCGACGGGCGGGAUUUGCGCCUUGAGGUGCGCAUUACGAAAGAGGUGCGAUUUAUUGGUGGGCUUGGGUCGCACUCUUUGAAGCUGCCAAGCCACUCCGGCCCUGGUGGGGCUAUGAUGGUGGACGGGGACCCGGAGGAUGACGGCCGCACUCUGCUCAGCGCCGGCUGGGGCAAUAGCCAUGACGGUGCUGGCGUCGAGAUCCUGGCGGCCGAGCUCGUCAAGCAGGGUACCGCACACUCCUCGGGCCUGCGCAACCGCUCUCAGCGGCUGAAGGAGUACGCCCAGCGGCGCACUGCUCUAUGCGAAUGCUCGUACCCCCCAAGAAAGAAGCGGCGACUGGUUUCACCUGCAUCCGACAAGACAGAUAGCUCGCAGUCUCUGCAGUUCGAGAUCACAGACGGUCACCUGUGCACAACGAAGACGAUCGCGUCCGGUGAUGGCUCAUCAUGGAUCUCCUUCAGUAGGUUCAAGUACCAGCCUGCGAAGCCCGAGAAAGUGCCCAAAGUCUCCGCGAGCGUAGAUGUCGAUAGCCCAGAUGUCGAUCGAGCGCCCGACAGGUCCCGCAAACGGCCACGAUCGCCGUCUCCAACCGCGAAGUCAGAUAAGGACCCAGAUUGCGUUGUUCACACAGACUCUCCGCCUCUAGAGCCACCGCAGCUGCUCACCGACGCACCGGAACCUGCUGCAACGCCUGAAAAACGGAAUCCUCCUGUUCCGACGGAACCCAGCCAACCGGAGACUGUGUCUCAACUCAGCGAGCCUUUGGACAACCAUCUUCCCAUUGUUAAUGUAACAACAGCUGUUAGUGUAGAAUCGAAUAGUUGA